UCCAACAUGGCGGCGUCUGGUACCGUGGAGUCUGUUGUUAUGUGAACGAUCUGGACUUACUCCGUUUCUGAUUAUAGACGCCGAUCUCCUGUCCUGUACUUUGGUUUAUGGCAAGACGUGUGCAGGUUUGAUGCAGACAGUGGGGGUUUUACGGGGAUGCUCGCUCUUUUGGCAGCUCGUCGGAGCGGCUGCGAUGAGCCGCUGAGAGUGAAGCGAGCCGAGUCCACCCGGAGAGUGCUAAAUUUGGAAUUAAACAACAACAGGGAUGUACAGCGGAUCCAUAGCAGUGGAAUUAAUUGCCUUGAUAUUGAUCCGGUUGAACAAAAGUACAUGUUGUCUGGUGGAUCUGAUGGUGUUAUUGCAAUAUACGAUUUGGAGAAUGCCACAAAAGAGCUACAAUAUACUUGCAAGGCAAUCUGUACAGUGGGCAAGUCCCAUAGUCAGGUGCACAAAUAUAGCGUGGAGACUGUUCAGUGGUAUCCUUGUGAUACUGGCAUGUUUACAUCAAGCUCAUUCGAUAGAACUUUGAAAAUAUGGGAUACAAAUAGGCUGCUGCCUGCUGAAGUUUUUUCCUUUGAAGAAACAGUCUAUUGUCAUCAUAUGUCACCAAUUGCAACCAAACACUGCCUGAUAGCCGUUGGUACCAAGAAUCCUAAAGUACAGUUAUGUGAUCUUAAAUCUGGAUCUUGCACCCACAUUCUGCAGGGUCAUAGAGGUGAGGUGUUGUCUGUGAAAUGGUCACCACAUCAGGAACAUGUAUUAGUAACAGCAAGUGCUGAUAGCAAAGUUAGAAUCUGGGAUGUACGGAAUGCUUCUGGGAGUUUAAUUGUGCUUGAUCAGCACAAUGGUGAAAUUGCUAAAUCUUCUUCAGAAUCAGCAAACACUGCUCACAAUGGACGUGUUAAUGGCCUGUGCUUUACUAGUGACGGACUACAUCUUUUAACUAUUGGGACAGAUGAUCGCAUGAGACUCUGGAAUAGUUCCACAGGGGAAAAUACACUGGUGAACUAUGGAAGAGUUUGCAAUGGAAGUCGAAAGAAUCUCAAGUUCACGGUGUCCAGUGGUUGCAGUCCAGAUUUUGUGUUUGUCCCAGUCGAUUCUUGUAUUGCAGUUUAUGAUAUCUAUGCAGGACAAUUGCUAACUGAACUCAGGGGGCAUUAUAAUUAUGUAAACUGCUGCACAUUCCAGUCUUACUUCCAAGAGCUUUAUAGUGGUGGCAGUGAUGUUAACAUUUUAGCAUGGAUUCCAGAUCUUGGUCAAAUAGAUGCAGGAGAUGAUGAAGCUAAAGGGUCUGAAGGCAGAACCGCCCAAAAUGUCGUGUUCCAAGAUGAAUGGAGCAGCAGCGAUGAAGAAAACUGAAUUUUGUUUUACUCUUUGGGACAAAAACACUGUUGCAGAUAUGUGGGUAAACUGUUCAGAAUAAUCCAAACACUGACAGUGACACUGUGGUGAAAAUGGACAGACUAAACCAAGGAGCAUAGAUUUCUGAUGAUAAUACUAAGACAGAUAGACAGACCCUGAUUUUUUCCCUGAUGACUGACCUCAGUUUAUGGAAACUGAUUGAGCCCUUCAAUUGGUCUCUAUCUGUAGCCUCAGGUCAGAGAAACAUAUAGUUUGCAACAGCAUGCUGCUAAGCACUGCCUACGUUCAUAUACAAAUCUACAUACUUGAAAGAGGUACAGAGAGCUGAUAAAAUGCUUUAGAAGCAAAGACUCAUUCCAACAGGUCACAAAUGGAACUAGAAAUGUAAUUUUGUUCUUAAUUUGCUAAGAAUCCUGGGAAUAUUUAAAACUCAAAAUAUUUUUUACAGUAUUCCAUUUGCCAAAGUGAUAUUUUGUUUUGUUUUUCACUUUUUAGAAAAUGAAUCAUCUUUGAUGAUUUAAAUGAAUUUUCAACACUGAACCAUUCCCAGGUUCAUUGUUCUGUUUGUGAAUUCGUAACAAAACUGGCAAGUAGUUCCUGUCCCACAAACACAUGGACAGAGAUGCAUACAUGUGAUCUCCAAUUUAAACAAAUGCAAUUUAUUUUUAACAACUAAUUUGCAUUCAGAUUAUAGCUAAGAACUCAUUGAAUUAAUGUUUGAGUAUCAGAGUACUGGUACUGUACUUGAUGAUUGUAUACGUGUGUAUGUGUGUUUCGCAAGCUUAGGUUUAUCUUGUUCCCUGGCAGUUUAAACCUUAUUCUCUUGUAUUUUUCAGAAAAAGUUUCUAAAUGUUUAUAAUGAAGGCUAGGAAAUGCAGAGUUAACCGACAUUAAGAAGUCUUAACAGAUGGGUUUACUAUAAAUUAUUGUGCAAGAUUAUGUGCAUGAUAAAAACAGUAUAUGUUUUAAACAAAGAAAAUUGUUGAAUUCACGCAGUUUAACAAUUGAUAAAUAAAUACUGGAUUUGUGCAAAUUAAGUGUACAUAUUCUAUUAAAUACUAUUUAAACAACUAGAUACGGUACUUGCAAAACAUUGCUUGUUAAUUUAAUAAAUAAAACUACUUGUUUUCUUGUGAGCUA